AUUUCUCAACGAGAAAUUUCAGAAUCUAGUUGGACUUCCUCGCGUAAAGGCUAAUUUAUUUCAUUCUAGUGCUAUUUGGAAUUGUUCUAUUACGUACGAAAAUAUAUUAUUUAUUAGCGAUAGAUUCUGCGCAUUGUAUGUAAAGAGCGCAAAUAAACGGCACAUUAAGAAAUUUACGAGUAUACACCUGUAGCUGGUUUGAGUGCAAACAUAUUCUGCGGUCUCAGCGCGCGCGUGAGAAAAAAGAAAGUGGAGCAAUAUCCAAAUAAUUGCAAAAAUAUAAACAGCUGUUGCUCUUUCGAGAUUACUUAUCGAGAGUGUUACGCUGAUUAAAAAGUUUGAGAUAAACUAGAUCAGAAUUUUUUGACUAACACGCAAGCAGAAUGGCUGACAUAAACGAAUUAUUGGGAUCAUCAUUUGUGCGAGUUAAGCUGGUCGCUUUCGUGCACUUCUUCUUCAUCACAAAUGCUAUGCUCGGUACCUGGGGUCAUGGAGCUUAUGAGUUUUACAAUUUCCUAUUUAUGAUUGCCAUGUUCUGGACAAUACAUUGCAAGGAAUCCAUUGAAGCAGCACAAGUGGCGCUCGUCAUCAAUGUUUCCAGCAUAUUCUUCGAUUUAAUAAACAUUAUAGUCUACUUCGAUUUCAUGAAUGGUUGGGCAGUCGCCUUCUCUAUCAUCAAUUUAGUACUACGACCAAUAACUGUCAUAUUACUGUAUCGUGAGUUCAAUUCCCGCGGCGGCAGCCUACAAACCGGUUCUGUCUUCCCCACCACGCAACAGCGCACCUAUCAGGACAUCGAUCGGCCAACUCAGCCAACGCCCACAAACUCGCAGCCUGGCCCAAAUGUCGCUAGUAUUUUCUAAACACAUUGUUAACAUUGGCGGGUCGCUGAUACAUUUCAGAAAAACAACUGAAAAUCUUCGGCAUAAUUCAGUUAAUUUGCUAUUUAUUAUAUGAAAAGUGGAAGCAGCGAAAAAGUAUGUGUAAAAUUGUAAAAUCUGAAAACUUCCGUGUAACAAAAUUUCUAACAUUUCCUUAUACAUGUGAGUGCAUGCAUGUUUGUAUGUAUCGGUAUAUACAUAUGUUAUGGUCGGUUAUAGAAAAUAUUGCCUAAAAAGGGCUCGAAUCCAUAUGACCUCGUAUUGAAACCAAUUGUGUAACCUUUUUAUAUUGUAUACCAACAAAAACAAAUCGUAAAAAAAUAGUAAAAUAAUCAUAAUUUAGUUUAUAUGUAUAAGUCAUGCUGUUUUAUAUCAAAUAUUAAUAUACUAUAUAUGCUUUAACUGUUGAAACAAAAUUAAAUUUCCUUAACAGCACUAAGUUAAGUUUAGCCAGUGUUAUUUCUUGUAAAAUUAGAAAAUUAGUGCAACUAGUUUUGUUGUAAUAUGUCGAAUUUUAUGUAUGUAUAUAAACGAGAUUUAGCAACACAUAACAGAAAAGAAAAUUGCAUAUUUUUAGGCGCACAAUUAUUUAGAGAGUUUCUGAGCCAGACUGCAUCUUGCAAACUCACUAAAUUUUAACUCUUCAUGUUAUUACAUGCACGUUUUGCGGUAUUUAAAUAUUGUGUUUAUUUCAUAAACUUAUUCUACUUUAAUUCCUUAUAUCAACAUCCGUAAAAUUCCCCACAACAAUCAACUAUUAACACCUAUUUUAAGGUAUGACCAUUGUUAAAGGCGGAAUUGGAAAUUGUUAAAUUAACAACGGUCUCGUGUUGUUGUUAGCAAUGUAAACUUGUACCUACUUACACAUAAACAAUCAAUAAGCAUAGUAAACAUUUAUUAGGGGGCUGAAGAAGUUGCGAAGUGUUCAAGCAAUACUAACAACUACGACGGUAAUUAUAGUGCUUUAACAGACUCAUAAGCUUAUUUGUUCAAAAAUAUUUAUGGAGUCUAUAAGAAAAGCUACAUUCGAACCAUUGACCUGUAAAUGUAAAUCGAAGAACUAAAAAUGAAGGAAAAAGGGUUGCAGGCGAGUUAGUUCAAAGCUAGUUAAGCUUUAACUAAUUUACAAAAAUAUAUUUUAUAUUUGCAUACAUACAUAUAUACAUAUACAUAUGUGCGUACCAUUGAUGAAUUGUAAUGGUAUGAAACGCGUUGAGGCAGUUAAACUUUUUACUUAUGUAUCUUUAAUACUAAUUUGUGCAAUAAAAAACUAAAAUGAUAAUCAAGAAAUUAAAAUUAAAA